UUUAAAUAAAUAUCAAAGUAGAUGAUAUUGACAACUUCAAAGAAAUGUCACAAUGUGGCGGUAAUUUUUAAUUUAACCUUUGUCAAGGAGAAUUUGAAUGAGGAUAAUUAAGCAAAAAAUAUUACAUGGAAAUUGUACAUUUGCAUAUAUUAUUUGUUGUUUAUUUUAUUUUUAUAAUGUUCACUGCAGAAUAUUAUGCUCAAACUGAAAGAAAUGAGGAUAAUUAUUAUUACCUGGAUCCUGAUUAUGAAUAUUCUCAAUUAAACAAUACUACUGAAUGUGAAGAAGAAACUAGUUCUUCUUUUACAACAAAAAUAAUUACACAUACAAGUAAAAUGAUAUUUAAUUUAUUAAUAGAAUUGUUUUGUUUGAUAACCUAAAAUCUACUUAUUAUACAUUAGCGUCAGAUCAAAAAAUUAAGUGUGAUGAAGAUCAGAUAUUAUUUUAUCUUGCUAAAUUACAAGUUAUCAAUCCAGAAAGUAUAUUAUUAAUUGCUGCAUAUAAGGACAUUGAACAUCUUUGUAGGUUUGUAGGUACAUGUGAUCUUAAUGAAAUUAGAAAUUUUGUUAAAUAGAGAAUAAUACAUAAUAUAUUUAUUUUUAUUAAAGGAAAAUAGUUGAAAAUCUUGAUUCAAUUGAUAAUGUAAUGCAAACGUGUAUACCUUUGCCAGAAGAUCACUUAUACAUGCAACUUAUAGCAGGAUUAAGAGUACUCAGCAAUAAACUUUGUGUAUAUGCAAAUUAUCAAUCUGACUGUGUAGGACCAACAGAUUGGACAGAGAAUAUGGAAAUUCAUGAAUUGUGCGACCAAUUCAAAGCAAUAUCUGAUUGUUAUUAUACAUUAACUGCUGUGUUAUGUGGAAUCGAAGCAGCAAAAAUUCUCAAGGAACUUGUUGUACAAGUUAUAACUGCUGUUAUUUGGACUGAUUGUCCAAAUGUACACAUAGAUCCAGUUGUUUUAGAUCCUAUGCCAGAUAUAAAUUCCAAGUCAUUUUGUAAUACCUCUAUGAAUUUUAUUAUUGUAAUAAUACUUAUAAAUAUACUAUAAAUUACGAUAUUACUUUCGAUAUAA